GAGUUCACUUCAGUUGUAGCUUGUCAUUUGAGUGAGGAGGUCGUUUGUCCGCGCUCUUAUUUUCACUUUGGGAACACGCGCGAACAGUUACGAUUUUAUUGGUGAAAUUUCUGGUGUUUUUUUUUGUGAGACAGUGAAAUUUGUGACGUACGAGAAUUUCGUGUAUUGUGAAUCGUGUUUUUUUUGAGAUGGGGCUUAAUAAUAAUACAUAAGAUAUAAAGUGAAUACUAUUCUUGAAACUUAUUCGAAUACGUCUUGAAAUAAUAAAAUAACAAAGAACAGGAAGAGUAUAUUUUAUUAAAGAAAAAACACCACAAUGCGGGCGCCCACGCCAGUGCCGUUCAUAGUGUGCCUACUUUUGGCGAUUAUUGUUAUCACUGUUGCCGAUGAGAUGGCGCAUUUAUCGUUCGGAGGACCGAGAUGCCCUCGUAUGUGUUCGUGCGCUGGCACCACCGUCGACUGCUCUAGAAGAGGACUCAACGCUGUUCCCAGGAAUAUCCCUUUGGACACUGAAAGACUGGAUCUGCAAGGAAAUAACAUCACGAUUUUGUACGAGUCUGACUUUCAAGAUUUAGGAAAACUGAAGAUUUUGCAGUUAUCCGAUAACUUAAUAGGAACAAUACAGAAAGACGCAUUUCAAGAUCUAGUAAAUUUAGAGAGACUACGACUAAAUGGCAACAGUAUACGACACAUUCCAGAAAAUUUAUUUUCUAACGUGCCUAAUUUAUUUCGUUUGGAUUUAAGCCACAACCAGAUAUCUGUCCUCGGGAAAAAAACCUUUCGUGGAAUACAAUCGUUACGAAAUUUGCAAAUUGAUAACAAUAAAUUAACUUGUAUAGAUGAUAACGCGCUGAGAGCAAUGAAGGACUUGGAAAUAUUGACCUUAAAUAACAACAAUUUGACAUGGUUGGGUAAAGAUAUGUUUAGCAACAUGUUCCGAUUGCGAACGCUCCGAUUAAGCGAUAAUCUUUUCCAUUGCGAUUGCCAGAUGUCAUGGCUUGCUAAAUAUCUGAGACAUUCUUCACGAUUAGCACAAUAUACGCGUUGUUAUUCCCCAAGUCAUCUAAAAGGACAGGCUAUAGUCGAUCUUCAAGAUCGUGAUUUCAAAUGCUCAGGUUUAGUUGAAAGAGCUAUUAGUGGAGAAUGUAUCAGCGAACCACAAUGCCCUCACCCUUGUCGAUGCGCUGAUGGAAUUGUUGAUUGCAGACAAAAAGGACUAACAAAAGUUCCUGAUCAUCUUCCUGACAGCAUAACUGAAUUGCGGUUUGAACAAAACGAAAUAACUGAAAUUCCACCGAAAGCUUUCGUGGUUCACAAAAGACUCAGAAGAAUAGAUUUGAGCAACAAUAAAAUUUCAAAAAUUGCUCCAGACGCUUUUCAAGGACUUAAAGCCCUAAGUUCGUUGGUAUUGUACGGCAACAAAAUAAAAGAUUUGCCAGCUGGCGUUUUCCAAGGAUUGGUGUCGUUACAACUACUCUUACUUAACGCCAACGAGAUAUCUUGUAUCCGAAAAAAUACGUUCAGAGACCUGCACAGCUUGAGUUUAUUAUCUUUAUAUGAUAACAAUAUUCAAUCUUUGGCUAAUGGAAGCUUUGAUUCGCUUAGAAGCAUUCAAACCCUCCAUUUGGCUCGGAAUCCAUUUAUCUGUGAUUGUAAUCUGAAAUGGCUGGCAGAGUAUCUACAUAAAAAUCCCAUUGAAACCUCCGGAGCAAGAUGCGAAACUCCAAAAAGAAUGCAAAGAAGAAGAAUCGAAUCAUUAAAAGACGAAAAGUUCAAAUGUAAGGGUCAAGAAGAAUUUAGAACUAAAUUUGCUGGUGAAUGUCUUAUUGACAACGCCUGUCCAUCCGGUUGUUCUUGUGACGGAACCGUCGUGGAUUGUUCAGGAAGAGAGUUGAAGGAAAUUCCACGAGACAUUCCAUUAUACACAACAGAAUUAUUACUACAUGAUAAUGAUUUGGGACGUAUAAAAUCAGAUGGACUUUUUGGAACACUACCCAACUUAAUUAAACUCGAUUUGAGACGUAAUCAAAUAACUGGAAUUGAAGAAAAUUCCUUUGAAGGUGCUUCCAAGAUAUCUGAAUUGUUGCUUUCUGAAAACAAGUUGCUGGAAAUUCAUAACAAAAUGUUCUUAGGCUUACAUAAUUUGAAAGUCUUAUCGUUAAAUAAUAAUCAAAUAACUUGUGUUAUGCCAGGAUCUUUCGAUUUUCUUCAAUCGUUACAUACACUUAAUCUGGUACAAAAUCCAUUCAUGUGCAAUUGUCAUUUAGCAUGGUUUUCUGAUUGGUUAAAGAACAAAGGAUUAAGUGGCUCGCCUCCGAGAUGCGCUGGUCCGGAUCGAGUCAAAGAAGUUCUCAUUAGAGAACUACCCAAAACUGAAUUCAAAUGUCUAAGUGAAAGUGAUCAAGGAUGUUUAGGCGAAAAUUACUGUCCUCCAAUGUGUUCUUGCACGGGAACUGUAGUUCGAUGUUCUAGGGCUAAUCUCAAAGAAAUACCUCGUGGUAUACCACCGGAAACGUCAGAACUUUAUUUAGACUUCAAUGAAAUCGACAGGAUACAAGGAGAUAGGAUUAAACAUUUGAAAUCAUUGACAAGACUGGAUCUUAGUAACAACAAAAUAGCAAUGUUAUCAAAUGACACGUUCACGAAUCUAUCAAAAUUGUCUACCCUUAUAAUCAGCUAUAAUAAGUUACAGUGCAUUCAAAGGGAUUCAUUGCAGGGAUUGUUGUCUUUAAGAAUUUUGUCUCUUCACGGAAAUCAAAUAUCGUUAAUUCCAGAAGGAACUUUUGCUAAUUUGAAAUCGAUCAGUCACAUAGCACUUGGAGCGAACCCAUUAUAUUGCGACUGUUCUUUAAAAUGGUUGUCAGAUUGGGUAAAAGUUGAUUACGUAGAACCAGGAAUAGCUCAUUGCGCCGAACCUCCGGCAAUGAAAGACAAAUCAAUUCUAUCUACACCGUCUUCAUCUUUCGUUUGUAAAGGAAAAGUAAGCAACGACAUUUUAGCAAAAUGCGAUGCUUGUUAUACAUUUCCUUGCCAAAACGAAGGGAAAUGCGUCACUCUGUCUGAAGGGGACUUUCAGUGCAAAUGUGCCCCCGGAUAUCACGGAAAGAAAUGCGAGUUUAUGAUCGACGCUUGUUACGACAACCCCUGCCGAAAUGAUGGGAGUUGUAAAGUGCUUGAGGAGGGGAGAUUCAGCUGUCAAUGCCUCCCAGGGUUUACCGGAAUGCGAUGCGAACACAACAUCGACGACUGCAUCAACAACAAGUGCGAAAACAACGCCACUUGCGUCGACGGUAUCGCCGGUUACCGAUGCAAAUGUCCCGCCGGAUUCAUGGGUGAUUACUGUGAAAGAAAAAUUCCCUUUUGUACUGAACAAUAUAACCCUUGUAAAAAUAACGGUCGUUGCGUUGAUCACGAUUAUUAUUACACUUGCGAGUGUUUACCUGGUUUUAAGGGCGAGAACUGUACCAUCAACAUCGACGACUGCGAGAACCACAUGUGCCAGAAUGGAGGUACAUGUGUAGACGGCGUAAAUGAAUAUUUCUGUAAAUGUACUGGAGAGUACAGUGGGAAGUUAUGCGAAAUUACGCCAUUGGUAGCUAUGAUGUACCCACAAACUUCACCUUGCCAACAUCACGAUUGUGUUCACGGUGUUUGUUUUCAACCGUCUGGUACCAAUGAUUACCUCUGCAAAUGUGCUCCCGGAUACUCUGGAAAACGAUGUGAAUAUCUCACUAGUCUUAGUUUUAUCCAUAAUACUUCGUACGUGGAAUUAGAACCUUUAAGAACCAAACCAGAAGCUAACGUGACAAUUAUUUUUGCAACCAAGAAAGAAAAUGGAGUUUUGAUGUAUGACGGUCAUCAAGAACAUUUGGCAGUUGAACUUUUCAAUGGAAGAAUACGAGUUAGUUACGAUAUUGGCAAUUAUCCCGUUUCGACGAUGUACAGCUUUGAAACUGUAUCUGAUGGAGAAUAUCACGUAGCGGAACUGAUAGCUAUUAAAAAGAACUUUACUCUUCGCGUCGACAGAGGAUUAGCUAGAAGCAUCAUAAACGAAGGUUCUAAAGAAUAUUUGAGGUUAAGUACUCCUAUGUAUUUAGGUGGGAUACCUCCGGAAGCAGGACAGGAAGCUUUUACCCAGUGGCAUUUGAGGAAUCUAACUAGUUUUCAUGGUUGUAUGAAAGAAGUUUGGAUAAACCACAAGCCGGUGGAUUUUGGUAACGCCCAAACUCAACAGAAAGUCCAGCCGGGUUGCGGAAUAAUAAAUCAAGAUCGCGAAGAAGAUGAACAAGAAGACGAAAUGGACGAAAUGAUAGAAGAGCCUGCUAAUCCUCCGGAUCCAUGUCUAGCUAAUCACUGCAAACACGACAGCAAAUGCGUACCGACUAAAAACGGAGAAUAUGCAUGUAAAUGUAGACCUGGUUUUAAGGGGAAAUAUUGCGAGCAAGGUGAGGAAGAGUCUGCAACUUGCCGGAAAGAGCAAGUUCGUGAACACUACACCGAGCAUGGAUGCAGAUCAAGGAAGCCACUAAAAAUGGCCAAAUGUGUCGGCAGCUGUGGAACAAGUUGCUGUCACGCAAGAAAAAGUAAAAGGCGAAAGGUUCGUCUAAUUUGCAACGAUGGCACCCGUUACACUAAAGACAUCGAUAUCGUGCGUAAAUGCGCUUGUACUAAGAAAUGCUACUGACUGACAGACGCCGCUAAUCACAAUUCUAACGCCAAAUCAUCAUCAUCAUCAUCAUUUAUAUCAACGCCCCUAACUGAGACUGUAUACGUGGACGACGACAUUAGCCAACCCGUUCACGCUCCCAUGACCCAAGACUUUGAACCAGAACCGGCCACAAAUCAGCCGUACAAAUUGACGUUUUACUAUGAAAACGACAAAAAUAAUAAUGCGAAAAGUAUGCAGAAUGACGCUCCUCAAGAUCCGCAAAAAGACUACGACGGAUUGGUCGUACAGAGUUACGAUAGUACUUUUGAAGGAAAUAAGGCAGCCAGAUAUGCAAAAGACCACAACGAGCAUGAUGCUGGGUGUAUGCUUUCCGCAUUUCUGUAUUUCGUAACAAUUACUUCAUUCGUAUAUUUAGCCAUAUUGUGGAUCAAACAACGAAUGCACAUGCACGUGGAACAAAUGCAGUGGUGGUAGUACUGCGCCCCACUGAUUUUAGGAUAUUUCAAAUUUAAUAUUUAAACUUGAAGAAAUACAUCGUUUAUUCGAAGUGUAGAAUUUUUAAUUGAUUGUUUUAUAACAACGUCAAUACAAUACUAAUUUCGUUUAAUAAUUGGAUAAUAUUCCAUUAUUUAUUUAUGUUAUAAAACAAUCUCUUAUUAUUUAUAUAUAUAUAUUUAUAUAAAUUGCAUGUUUAGAAGAACUUCAAAUAAGUGCAUGUCGAUUCUGAAUAGUAAUUAUUUAUUACCCCCGAUUGUGAUUGUUUUUAAUUGAUAAGUAAUGAACGACGAAAAAACAAAUCCGAAGAAGACAAAUAAUAAAUAUUAAUAACAAAAACCCCGAAACAGACUGUAUUGAUAUUAAAAAGAAAAAAAAUGACAACCCUGAUGAUGUUAGAAUUGUGACUAGCGGCGUUUAAAUUUUAAAUCUUACAAAAAAACAUUAAGAAUUAUAGGUUAGGUUUUAUUGUGUGAAACACAGAGCCAUGUCUUGAUGGGCGGUAUCAAGUAAACUUUCCGAUGAUUUAUAGAAUUCAUUUGUAUGGUGUUUUUAUCAAAUUGUUUGCCUAUAAAAAAGUCAUAGACUAAUAUUAUACUCAAAUCCAUUUAUUUUGUAGUUCUAUAAAAAUAUAAUCAAAAGAAAUGGUAUAAAAUAUUGUAACACACUGAGAUUUGUACAGUAAUUAAAAACAGAAUUCAAGGAUUACACAAAGAUCGAUAUUUAUACAUUUUUACUUAAAAUUUUAACAUUUUUCUAAAUAUAUCUGUCAACUUCCCCUUCCUUCUGUUGUGCUAGCUCUCCUGGACAUUUUACAACUAUUCACGUAACUCUACAAUAUUCGAUAACUGUUUAAUCACACAAGCAAAGGCCAAGCUACAUUGGAAAGAAGAAUCGCAUAUCUAGUCUUGCUUCACUAUAUAUUAAUUUGUAAUUUGCUACUUUUUCAAUCACUGGAAACUAAUGUGCAAUUUUCUAUUGUACUUUGAGCUAGUUAUCUAUUUUCUGGGGGGUUGGGUGCUAACCUAGCUCCUUAACCUCCUCUUUUUUUCUUGCAACAGUACCACCAGGUUUCUCAGUUGAAGCAGCAGAGAGGCGGAGUCAUAAUCCUGUGCUAUACAUGCCUAUAAAUGCCCACUAGAAGCAAAUUAGAACUAGAAGGUAAAAUAAUACAACAGGGAAUAAAAUACAAAUAUCUUAGAAUUGACAUAACCGGUUAUUGAGACGAGGUAAGAGGACAAGUAGCUGGAGCAAAUAAGGUCACGGUAUGUUUUCAAAACGUAGUAUGGCUGUACAAACAACUAAAACAAGAAACAAAGGCACCAAUUCAAAAAACAAAAUCAAAUUUAUAUAUCAGACAUAUAAAGCAGGAAAUAUCAGAAAGGAAACAACUCUUGGAGACCACAGAAAUGAAAAUUCUCAACAAAGUUACUGUUCAAUUCCGGUUCUACCGAAAGACGGCCAUCUUUUUGCCAUAUACAGAUAGUUUUAACUCGUCCUGUAUAGAUGAUAAUUAUCCUACCUUUACGUUAAAUUAGAUGUUUCAAAUAUUCUAAAGUAUUAUUAAAUAUUAUUAUAUUAUUAAAUAUUAUGUAACUAUUCUGAAGGGCAUGAAAUAACAUUUGAUUUCAGUGAAACCCUUGAUAUUUGUUAAAAAAUACCUGAAACCUCAGAGUGUACGGUUUUCUUGAUUCACCGCUCCCAAUAUUAAAAAGUAUUUCCUUUAUACGAUCAAAUAAACUUUUAUUAUAAGAUAGGAUAAAAAAAACAUUUUAUAACUGUAUAUAUACAUAAAUGAAUAUGCAGAGCUGUUGAAAUGGCUAUAAUAUAUUUAUUGCUGGUAUUUUAUUUAUUAUAAAAAUGGGAUUCCUUCAUUGUUACCAUUUAUAACACGAGAAAAAUUUCAAUCGCUCUGUAUAUCUAUAAGUAGAUAUUAAGUUCGACCCUGAUAAAUUUGUACAAUGGAAUAACAUUUCUUUCAUGUUAGCUUAUAAUAUUCACUCUACUAUAUGUAUGGAAACUUUUUUGUGAAAUUAUUAAUCUUAACCCCCAGGUGAUUCGUAGAUAUUUAAACUAGGAUUACCUUUGGAAAUAACCUAUGCAUCUCAAGAUGUUAGUUUUCAUCACUAAAUUUGACAUCUCCCUGUAGAUUUCUAAGCUCGGUUUUAAUCCCAAAUAUUUUUUCUCCUUUCUCUAGAGAUCUAAUAUAUUUAGGCUAAACUAGUAUUCUAGUUUCCAACAAUGUAUUUUCGACUUUAAAAAUCCAGUUUAUAUUAAAAAUUCAGUAGAAAUUUGUGUUAAGAGCCCAGGUAAAUUUAUAAUUACAUGCAGUAAAUCAAAAAUUGUGACUAAAUUUGAUAGAUAAGUUAGUAAAACAUUUUUUUUUAUAAUUUGGCUGAAAAAAUUUGGUUCUCCACUACUGAUACAAAAUUUCAUGGAUCUAAUACUUUAUAUCAAACAUCUCUAAUUAGUGAAAUUAAUCAAUAUAGAGUAACAAAAUUUAUUAUGAAUGUAGAUUUGGUGAAAUAUAGAAUAAUAGAAAAAUGCAAUUGAUCAGAAACUAAAUAUCAGUCAUAUAAAAAACAUUUCCAAAAUUUGUGGUGGUAGAGAAAAUAUAGUUUUCUACAAACUAUAAUGGGUGCACUCCACUAAACACUCACGACAAUCACAUUCAUUGCCACGAUAUUUCCCGUUCCACUUAUUCCCGAGCGUUAUAAUCAUAACCUUAACCUAACCUAACCUAACACAAUGGCUUACAAGCUUUAAGAUAAAUAUUAACCAAUAGCAAAACAAGAAAAAUAAAACAAAAGUUUUAAAAUAUUUGGUAAUGUAUCAAAUAAUGAGAUAUUUCUCAUGGUUAUAAUCUGAGUUGAUUGAGUUUUGAACUUCGACGUACCUCGUGACAAGGAUCGUCGUGAACGUUAGUCAUGACGGUAUGAGUGACGCUGUCGCCGCAGCCACAUCGAUCGUAGCAAGGUUACUAGAAUAAUAGAAGGUUUGUGACAAUAACAAGAUGCGCAGUAGACACGUGACGUCACCGGUUCUUCACAGCUCAAUAAAUUCGUUAGUUAGAAAUAUAUUCGUUUGUAUAGCCAGAUCAGCAAGAGUUAACACACAUCCUAAUAACUCGAAUAUAAUGUUAGAAAGAUUCUAUUUGACAUAAAAAUAUAAACAAAACAUAAUGACGUAGCUGGUGUUCUAGCAGCUGAUCUUUUGUUUACAAAAACAUGCGCAUGUCACGAACCUUCUAUUAUUUUAGUUACCUGGGAUCGUAGUCACUAUGUGGAACACACAUAAGAGUAUUUCAGACGCCGUUAACGCUUAGUGGAACGCACCGUAUAGUCAUGGAUAUUCACUCGCUGUAAUUUGAUUUAAUAUAAUUGCUCUUUUGUAUAUAGCAUAAUUCUUCAGAAAAUUCCCGCCAUUGUACAAAUAAUUGAAAAAAAAACUUAUACAUUCUUGUAUUCCAUAAUUAACAUGGAAAAAAUCCGUUUUUCUAUUUACUUUUGUGGAAAACGAGACUGUUUCAUUUAAAAUACGAGAUUAUUUUGUAAUUUAUUUCAAGAAUUAUCAAAUAUUUGUAUUUGAUAAACAUUUAUAUGAUUAAAAUAAUUAAACAAUAAAAAUAGUAAUUAAAACACUAAAUUAUUUUAUUCCAAAAUAUGUAACAUUCACCAAAAAAUUUAAAUAUAUUCAAAAAAAGCAAAUAAUAAUCAAUAAUUAUGUAUUCAACUCAAUUUAUUACUAAUUUGUGAAUAGGGCUUAACAGAACAAGAAGUUGGAAAGCUUCAUUUCAAUUCUAGUAUCAUUAAUUCAUCAAUUAUAAUUUCCUUUAUAAAAAUAGAAACGCCGAAGGGUUUUUACUCAAAAUAAAUGAUCAAUUUUAGUUACUAUAGUGAGUAUCUUUCACAAUAUCAGAGUGAGCGGCUAUGGAAACUGGGGAAAACUCCCAAAAAACCCUGGAAAAUUGGAAUAGUGUCAAUGACGUGGUAGGGGUUAAAAAUUUCAGUACAACGAAUAUGAACAGACUUGAAGAAUGUGAAAAUCUGCAUAAAAAAGAUCUCCACAUAUUUUUUCGAAAAAUGCUUCCCUUACGAAAUAAUGAACUGUAAUUGGUGAUAUCAGAUCUAUGCAUUAACAACUCAAAAUACUUUAAUACUUGCCGUUACGCUGGACAAUAAUCUCUAUAACUCCCUUUUUUUGGGUGACAAGUCCCAAAGUAAACGAGAUUUUGAAAGAAAAUCUUUCAGUAAUGGAUAUAUAGAUACUGCUGGCAAGUGCCGUCAAAAACCUAUUUCUAAUCCAAAGCUGAAAUGAUUUUGUUUAAUAAAUAAAUAAUUUAACUUUACUAAUUUUUUAUAUCGUUUUACUGGUUUUACUGUUACAAGGUUGUCAAAAUUGAAAAAAUAAGUUAUAACAUUCAUUCCCACCUUGUCAUUGGCCAAAUUCAAUCACAUUUUUCUGAACAAGUUGUUUUUUGGAAAUUCUUCUGAUAAUACUACUAAGUACCUUAGUGACUACAGCUUCAUUUUUUUGAAAAAUGUGAAUAAUGAAUAAAGAUUAUGUACUUCGGGUGAUUACUUACCAUCAUUUAAUAAAUUAAUAAACUAACACAUCUUCAGUCGUUCUGGUUCGUACUACUAAUUUUUUUCUUUCCUUUCCACUUAUUCCAUUUCCAAAAUUUCAAUUCAUUUUAUCCUUUUUUCCACUUUUAAAUGUAUUUCAAUUGAUGUGGAACUAUAGCUGAUGGAAGAUUAUGUUGAAAUUUUUUGAAAUACUCUUAAGUGAUAGAUAAAUUAUCAAUUGUGUAUAACCGGCAAAUCUACUUUAUAACAAUUAUUAAAAGAAUCUGAUUUCAGUCUAGUCAAAUCACGAAUCCACACAGUUACCACCCAAUUAACUUGAGCAUGCGCUUCACAACCCGCAUAACAGGGAUCCAAUAAUGAAAAACAACACACCAGGGCCAUUUCUCUCCAAAAUGCACUAUUUUCCGUGUAAAUACCUUUUUUGUGUGGAUGUUCACGCUUGUUUCUAUACAUUGUAUCGAAAUGUUCAAUCCCUUCCACGUUAUUGACAAAAUACUUAUUUUUAUAGGUUUUCCCCAUUUUCCAUGGACCCUCGUGCGAAGAAAUAGUAUUCUUCAAAAACUACUUGUAUGCCAAAAAUCGUUACUAAUGGUUGUAAUGUCAGGUUUCAGUAAAAUUUUGGCUACAGCGCCUGGACUAUAAAACUUAUUCUCACAAAAUCCUACGAAUGUCUCUUAUCUAUUGCUACAGUAUUAAAUUAUAUUAACAGUAUGAAAAAUGGCUGUCUUAAACUGUUAUUCUGGUAAUUCUGAUUAAUAAUUCGGACUAUCACCUUUGAUUCAUCAACAUAACAGACACUAUAAUAAUUGUAACAGCAAAAGAAAUGAAUUUACUGAAUGUUCACUACUAUGUCAGGUACUUACAACCAACCACGACCACCACUUUUCCUAUUUACAAACGAGAAUGGAUACAUGUUAACAACGUCACAUUUGCAAUUAAAUCCUGGCAGAACAGGCACAGUGGACUCGGUCCUUGACAGAACAAUAUGCCAUUUUGCAACACUUACAAUGGCCGAGAAACAUGAGGCAAUUGUUUAUUUUCCCUCCCAGAUCAAGAUUAAAUAGGUUUCAUAUGAAAUUUUUAUAUUUUUGAACAGUAAGAGUAAUACAAAUAAUAAGUACACAUAAAUUAUUAAUAUCAAUUAUUCUUUUCACAUGAAAAUGAUCAAUAAUUAAAUAGACACUCAUGUUUAAUACUAUUCUUAUAUUUAUAAUGAAUGCAAUUGUUUUUCAAAGCAAAAUAUUUCAGAAUUGCUGAUUUUAUGAAUAUUUGAGUUUAUAAAAACAUUUCAUACUUUUGAAUUAUCUAAUGUGUUAGCUAAAUGUAGAAUAAUUUGUAUGAGGUAGUUAGAUAUUUCCAAAUCUUCCAAAAUUAACCUUAAAUGUAUCAUUAUGUAUACUAGAAUGAUAUAGUUUCUUCUUGUUUUAUAAAUCAAGACGAUUUAUAAAGAAAAACAUACAAAUAAAAUUAUUAUAUUGAUCAUUUUCUUUGUUGGAGACUUGUUAUUGAUAAAUUAUAAAUUACAAAAUUUUAUUAACAAAACAAUUUUUGGUGGGUGUUAGCAAAUAUUUUUGGAAAAAAAUGUAAAAUUUAUAAAAUUUUUGAACAAGUAUUGCCUAUUGUAACCUAGUUCUUUUUUGCAUAACUAUUGAAUUUUAAAAUAUACAUCAGAUUAACAAUAAAAAGUAUCAUACAUACACAUAAAGUUUUUUAUCUAAAAAAUGACUACUUAUUUAUGUCUAAUGAUUGUAAUUUAUAUCCAACUCAACUUGUGUAUAAAAAUAUAUUAAAUUUAUCGUAUAAUAAA